AAAUUCAGACUAACCCGCUCGAUUCAUAUGGAUUAGUUUAACGUUCUCUUCAUGAACUUUUUGACUCGUCAAAGUGUCAAUGGAGGGACAGAAAUCUCUCAGAUUUCAUUAAAAAGAUCUUUAUUUGUGUUCCGAAGAUGAAUGAAAGUCUUACAGGUUUGGAACGACAUGAGGGUGAGUAAUUAAUGACAGAAUUUUCAUUUUUGGGUGAACUAACCCUUUAAAUGUAGUUGGAAAAAAAAAGUCUUGGUUAAAACAACAAGAUUUAAUGCAAAUUCAGUUGAAUUUCUACCCUGCGCAAUGAACGAAACAAUUAAAGUUCUACUCACAAAUAAAACAAAUUUUGUGUUAGUUUGCAUGCAUAUCUGCUUAUACAAACAUAAAUAUAAAUAUUUUGUUUGGUCAUAUGAUACAGUUUGUAUAAAUUAUCCUAGAUUUCCAAUUAAUUCCCGUAAAUUCCUGUUAAGUUUCCAAAAUGGAAUAUUUCCAAAAUAUUAACUUCCCGUGGAAUGUUUCUGGAAAUUUACCGGAAAUUUCCCGCCCCUUUGUAACCCUUUUUACAAUUAAAUAAAUAUCAAGUAUAUGUGUGUAUCUGCCUAUUUUUACUUAUCAGACCAGUAAGCAUCACUAAAAAUGUAAAUGACUGUUGUGAUUCACCCAGAAACAAUAGUUUCCUUCUCAUUGAGGGUUAGACUGCCAACUGAAAGAGAUUAAUAUAACUGCAUUAUUUUAUUUUCAUCCUGCCAUCCAUUAUUGAUGCCAAAAAGGGUGUGUGUACAUAUGUAAAACCAUUGUGCAUAAACAUAAAAUCCAUCUCCAUCUGAUGAUAAUCCAUUCCACAAUAGCAGUUUGAGAUGGUCGCAGUGUAUUUUUCCUCUGCAGGUUCUUACGUUAUCAGACAGAAGGUGUAAAGGGGAGUGCCUCCUCUCCCCUUUCCACAGCUCUGCCUCCUCAGGAGUGGAAAGCAAUGAUGUAAUGUGCCUGGCUGCCUCAGAAUGAGCAGCCCCCCUCUGCUGCGUUUCAUUCCCCCUUUCUCUCUCUCUCUCGUUUUCUCUCUGCCUCUCUCUCUCUUUCUCUCACUCUCCCUCCCAUCCGCUGCCACUGCUGCUGCUGCUGCUGGUGGCUGGCGUUUGUAUGCGCUGUGCCGUGUGAGCUGCAGCCCUGGGCAUCUCUGGGGAUCCCUGCAGAGCUACUGUUCCUCUUCUCCCUGUGACGGCCAGGGCUCGCCCGCUCGCGGAAAAGACCCUCUCUCGUCGGCUGAGAGAUUGCUGAGAAGCCUGUGUGACAGUCUGCACAAGCACAUGGAGACUGUUUUGGGCCGUAUCAUCGUCCUUGAGGACUUGUUUCUUGGUGAAAAUCCACAAUUGUGAGGCCCUGCAAAGGUGACCACCGGUCUUCACGUCAAUACACGGCUCUCAUUUUCAGAAGUUUUAGGAGAAGAAGAAAAAUAAACAAGCAAGGGAAAAGAUCUUCAUGAGCGCCAGAAAAUCCAGAGCACACUGAGACACACGGAGCAAAAUGUGGACACUAAACAUGACACGUGUCUCUUUCCUGUUGCUCCUGGUCGGAUGGGGCCAAGCAGCAGAAGACGACGUCACCCCUCGCCUCAGUUUCUCUUACAAUGCAAACGAGAGGUCGGCCAAGAGAUUUUCACCCGAUGGAGUCUUCAAUUACACCUCUCUGCUCCUCAGUAAAGAGGAUAACAUGCUGUACGUUGGCGCUCGAGAGACUCUCUUCGCACUCAAUAUCAGCGAUAUCAGCAGAACGCAGCUGCAGCGUAAUUUAACAUGGAGCACACCUCAGAGAAAGAGAGACGAGUGCAGUUUCAAAGGGAAAGACUUACAGACUGACUGCUUCAAUUACAUCAAGAUUUUACUGCGCGUGAACAGCACUCACCUGUACGUGUGCGGAACGUAUGCUUUCAGCCCUAUCUGCGCAUACAUCAACACGUCUGAUUUUUCCCUGGUGCGCAGUGAAGUGGGCGAAAUAGUCACCGAAGAUGGUCGAAGCCGGUGCCCUUUCAACCCUGAAUACAAGUCCACGGCCAUCAUGGCUGAUGGAGAGCUGUAUGCUGGCACGGUCAGUAACUUCCAAGGGAACGAACCUAUCAUUUACAAAAGCCUUGGCCAGGGCACAGCCUUAAAGACUGAAAACUCACUGAACUGGCUUCAAGACCCUGCUUUUGUGGGCUCAGCCUACAUUCAGGAGAGUUUGCCCAAAGGCAACACAGUCGGCGAUGAUGAUAAGAUUUACUUCUUCUUCAGUGAAGCGGGAAAGGAGUUCGAUUUCUUUGACAACACCAUUGUGUCACGCAUCGCUCGCGUGUGUAAGGGUGAUAAAGGUGGAGAGAGGGUUCUUCAAAAGAAAUGGACGACCUUUCUGAAAGCCCAGCUCCUGUGUUCAUUACCGGACGACGGGUUCCCCUUCAACAUCAUCCAGGACAUGUUCGUAUUGACCCCCAGCAAAGAGGCCUGGAAGAGUACUGUGUUUUAUGGAGUCUUCACCUCACAGUGGUACAAAGGUGCUUCAGGCAGCUCGGCUGUAUGUGCGUUUACCAUGGACCAGGUUGAAGAGGCGUUUAAUGGACGUUACCGGGAAGUUAAUCGAGAGACGCAGCAGUGGUACACCUUCAACCACCAAGUACCAGAACCCAGACCUGGAGCGUGCAUCACCAACGCGGCCCGUGCCCAAGGGAUCUCCUCCUCUCUGCACAUGCCUGAUAAAGUGUUGAACUUUGUGAAGGACCACUUCCUCAUGGAUAGCGUGAUUCGCAGCCAGCCUCUGCUCCUCAAACGAAACGUGCGCUACACGCAGCUCGCUGUGCACCGAGUACAGGCUCUUCACAAGACCUACGAUGUGCUUUUCAUCGGCACAGAUGACGGCAGGAUUCACAAAGCCAUCAACGUUAAGCACAAGAUGUAUAUCAUUGAAGAGCUGGUGAUUUUCCCCGAGCCUCUUUCUGUACAACACAUCGAACUGAAUGAUGAGAAGGGACUGUUGUUUGUGUCCAGCUAUUCUGGGCUGGUUGAAAUCCCUCUUGCCAACUGCUCCAACUACCAGAGCUGUGGAGAGUGUGUGCUGUCUAGAGAUCCUUACUGUGCCUGGACAGGGAAGCAGUGUUCAAAUAUCAAGCAUGCUCCAGCUAAGAGCCAAUGGCUACAAGAUGUAGAUGAUGCCAACACUGCCAUGUGCAAAAUGACAAUGCCAAGCCCCCGUUCUGUAAGACCGACUCCACCACGUGUUCCAUCAUGUCAUGUGGUACAAAUACCAGUCAACACAUUUACGGUUCUACCCUGCAAGCUGCGAUCCAACUUGGCCGAGAGGCGAUGGGAUUACAGUCCUACCGCCGAGCAAUUCGUCUACCAUAGUCCUGACGGCGGGCUGGUGGUUGUAGCCCAAGUGGAUAGGGAGGAGAUCUAUGAAUGUUGGUCCGUAGAAGGCGGCUACCGACAACUUCUGGCCAAUUAUUGCGUUAAAGCAGAGCACGAAAGCACCACCCUGACCGGACGUUCCCGAACGCAGCUCGUGCCCCAAGGGGAGGCGAUUAUCCUGCCCGGGGAAACGCGGUCGCCGCAGAAAACCAAAACGUACUGGAAUGAACUGAUUGUUGUGUGUGCCUUACUCGUGUUCUCCCUGGUGGUCCUGUCGCUGUUCGUGGCGUACAGGAACCGAGAUAGGAUGAAGUCCAUGCUGAAGGAAGGCGAGUGCCCCAACAUGCAACAGAAGAAACCGCGAAUUCCGGGGAAGCACACGGAAAGCCUUCCACUAAACGGCAACAAUAUCCCGCCCUCUGUGUCUGACCACAAGGGCUACCAGACGCUCAAUGAUAACUACAUCUGCAGCACUCCAACCCACGAAUGCUCCUCGCCCGAGAACAGCAAGAGCUUCUCGGAAUCCGAAAAGAGACCAUUGAACUUAAAGGAGAGCCACGUGGAAAUCUCGCCGACUUGCCCGCGGCCUCGAGUACGACUGGGCUCGGAAAUCAAAGACUCGAUCGUUUAAGUCUGUUUGGGAUGACUGUUAAAAAAAUAGUGGCCUCUGAACUGAACAGCGCCAAGGGAGGGACAGACUGAAAAUGACUGGAAACGUACCAUCACUGGGUUUUAUUUUGCACUUUGUCUCCUCUCAUUUUGUCUUGGUGAUCUGUUCACAUUUCUCAGUCACUGCCAAGUCUGUGAAGCACCCAGAGCCACGACGAGCGGGACGCAAGGCCUAGAGUACGCUUUGAAAAAAAUAACGGUGGGCAUUGCGAAAGACGCCAGUCCAGUCGUCCCGCCCGGUCCGUCCAAAAUAAGUCUGGUGGCAUCUGUGUGAAAGCAAUACGAUGCCCUCAGGGUUCACUAACCUGUCAUGCUCCCAUCUCAUCCCUCGGCCUGCCGCGUAGAGUUGGUCGUCCUGUGAACGAGAAGACGAAAAUUCAAACUUUAGUCUAUAAUAGAGUCUCUGCUAAACAUAGUGCCUGACGUGAGAUGAUUAGCUGACAUUUCAACACAAUGUAAGAUGUAGUGGUGCAUCAAAAGCUUUGAUGGUAUAUGCAAAACCUUUGCGUAGUAUAUCAUCACGACCUCAGCACAUUGCAGGCAUACUAUGCAAAUCACAUAAAGGAGAAGCAUCGUGUAGAGAGCUAAAAAAACAGCACACGGCUGUCCUAGUACAAUAAGUGAUGCCACGACCUCAGUAUUCUACACUACUCCUCAGAGGUACACACGUUUAAUAAUGUAUGCAAGUGAGAUUGAGGCAUAGAAAAAGCCCACAAUGGGGAUUCAAUGUGUAGAGAACUCCAAAGAAGGCAUGUUAGCAAUACUAACAGUACAUCCAAGGCACACAUUACAUUCUGAAGGUGCAGAAAUAUUCUUUAUACCCCAAUCAAAAUCAGUUGCUUAUUGAUCAGUGGUAUUCAAAAAUCAUUUAAAGCAGUGGUUCUCAACCUUUUUUCUUUCUUUUUUUUUUUGUUUUUUUUUUUUGACUCCAAGGCCCCCCAGUGUCCACAACAAUAUAUACGGAAGAGGAUUAGGGCCAAGCAAUAAUAAAAAAAUAAAACCAUCUCGAGAUU